AUGAUUUUGCUCAUUGAGCCACCUGCUGAUUCUCAAACUCAGAAACAAGGCAGGUCUCCACUUCUUAAUGGGAAGCGCGUUCCUCGGGGUGACCAUGUCGCUUCUCAUGGAGAGGAGCCUCUUCGCGCAGCAAAUACGGACAUGGAUUCUGUGCGAUUGCGCCUGCUGAGCGGCGCAAUCGAAUUGAUUAAGUUGAGGCGUCUUGCAAGAUGA